UCUGAAUACGUUUUUUGUGGUUAAUGUGUAACAUGUAGAGCACACUUGCACUUUGUUCCCCCCAAAAAAUACAGAGAAAUUUCAGGCACAAUCUGGGCCAAGCUGAAAGGUUCUAAUUUUGAUGUUAAACAAAAUGAAGAUGGCCUGUUUUUUCUUUGUGGCCCUCCUGUGCUUUCUGACUCCUAUCCACCAAGCUGGACCUAACAGUGCCACCAUCUCAGAUCUCUCCUUCAAAAAUAUGGACUUUGCCAUGAACCUUUACAGAAAGAUAUCCAGUUACCAUGACAAGAACAUCUUUUUUUCCCCCCUGAGUAUCUCUACCAGUUUUGCGGCUCUUCUAAUGGCUUCUGAUGGUGUCACACACAAGGAGAUCCUGAAGGUACUAAACCUGGAGGCGCUGGAGAGGGCUGACCAGCCGGAUCUUAUCCCUAAACUGUUUCAACUCCUUCACGAGAACGUCACGCAAAAUGGAUCGCUGAAAUUUGAUCAUAGCAUGGCCUUGUUUAUCCAACCCCAAUUUAUCAUAGAGAGGGAGUUUGAAACCAAAAUCAAUAAGUUUUUUAAUGCAGAUAUCAAAACUGUUGACUUUGCGGACACAACAGAGAGUAUCAGAGUAAUUAAUGAGUACAUUAGGGACAAGACUGAAGGCAAGAUUACAGAGAUGAUUUCAGCCUUGGACGAACAGACCAAACUCCUGUUAAUGAAUGCAAUUUUCUUUCAAGGAGCCUGGAAGAUGCCUUUCAACUCCAAUUUCACUCGAAAUGGACCCUUCUACAUCGAUAAUUAUAAUAUUGUGCAGGUGCCUAUGAUGUUUAAAGAAGACAAGUACUACACUGCAGAAGAUGUUUCUCUGAGAGCCAAAGUGCUGAAACUGCCAUACCAAGAGGGUGUUUCCAUGCUUAUCCUGCUCCCCAACCCAGACAUGGACUACACUAUGGUGGAUGAUGAGAUUACUGCAGAGAGGUUUCAGAGCUGGAUCGCAAAACUGAGAAAAAUGAAACUGGAAGUCAAGAUGCCCAAAUUCAACAUGGAGCAGUCGUAUUCCCUCCAUAAUCUUCUACCGCAUAUGGGCAUGACCAGUGUCUUUAGUAAUUUGUCCAAUUUGACAAAGCUCAGUGAGGACAAAGGGCUCAAGCUGUCAGAGGUGCUUCACAAGGCCAUGAUUGACGUGGAUGAGACAGGAACAACUGCAGCAGCUGCCACAACAAUGGGUAUCAUUCCAUACUCCCUGCCGAGGACCUUCACUAUAAACAGACCCUUCUUCUUCUUCAUAUACCAUGAAAACACAAACUGCCUGCUGUUCAUGGGGAGGGUGAUUGACCCCACCAACAAAUAGUUUUGCCACUGUAAUGUGUUCAUUCUUAAGUGGCUUCUACAUGACUAAUUUGGUGGAUGUUUUAAUCCCAGACAGUUUAAAGCUUUUUUUUUCUGUUCUGUUCCUACAACAUACUUCACCAAUAAUAAUAAAAACUUCACCUGCAUCACAAACUUGGA